CCGUAUAGAAGAAGUGAUAGAAUUUACAACUAAAAAAAUGUCUUAUAGUUACAAGGGGAAAAUUCUCAGCUACAUGUCUGGUAUUGAUCUCUCCAAUAACAACUUCGUAGGAGCAAUCCCACCAGAAUUUGGAAACUUAAGUGAGAUACUGUCAUUGAACUUAUCACACAACAAUCUCAUUAGAUCUGUCCCUGCAACUUUCUCAAACCUAAAGCAUAUUGAGAGUUUGGAUCUUUCUUACAACAACUUGAAUGGUGUCAUCCCUCCACAACUUACUGGAAUUACAACACUGGAAGUUUUUAGUGUGGCGCACAAUAACUUGUCAGGUAGGACACCCGAGAGAAAAUAUCAGUUUGCGACCUUUGAUGAAAGCUGUUACGAAGGAAAUCCUUUCUUGUGUGGACCUCCAUUACGAAACAAUUGUAGUGAGGAAGUAGUGCUGCCACAGCCAGUGCCUAAUGAUAAACAAGGAGAUGAUGGUUUCAUAGACAUGGAGUUUUUCUACAUCAGUUUCGGUGUAUGUUACACAGUUGUGGUGAUAACGAUUGCAGCAGUUCUCUACAUCAAUCCAUAUUGGCGACGCAGGUGGUUGUACUUCAUUGAAGACUGCAUAGAUACUUGCUAUUAUUUUAUGGUGGCUAGUUUUCGCAAGUUCUCCAACUUCAGAAGGUGAAUUUGUUACUGGGGAGACGGUCGCUCCUAGUUUGUGAUAUGAUUGUUUGUCUAGCUAUUGGUAAUUUGUAGUGUACUUUUUCUAAGCUCAGCCUUUCUAUUUGAUUAGUUAUUUUGGCUAUAUAUAUAAGCUGGACUUCUCAUUCCUGAAUCAUUAGGAAGGAAACUGAUUUGGAUUGGUCAUUGACUCGGGUGUGAUUACUCUUUCAACUCUCAAGACUUGUCUGAAAAUAAAUUGCCAAAACCACUACUAAAGUAUAAACAAAAUAUUCUAUGCCUUUGUUUCAAGCGCG